CUCCCUCGCUCACACAUUGUUCUCUGGUCGAAAGCACGGGCCGGCAUAGGAACGGGACCGUUUAACUCCUAGUUGCGCUGUAUACACUCAAAGACAAGAGGAGAGGCUUCGGUUCGCGAGACUGGAAAGCGCUAGUUUUCUGUUGAACUGCGGUCGGAGACGCACGGAGCGGGGUGUCUGCCGGUUGACAGCGAUGCUAUGACCGGGGCUCCCCCCGCGCGUUUGGCAACGGAGGCACGGGCUACGGCGUAUCCGCCCCCCAAAACAGAACCGCUGGAGAGACCGGCGCGGUAGAGAGGUGUGAGCAGCAUGUCUCCCAGGCCGUCGUCAGGUGAGUUAUGGGGGAUUCACCUGAUGCCCCCCCGUAUCCUGGUGGACUGCUGCCUGCCCAACGGCAUGCUGGUCAGCCUGGAGUGCCUCCGCGAGGCACCCCUCACCUCCAUCAAGCAGCAACUGUUCUCUGAGGCCCGCAAGUACCCCCUGUACCACCUGCUGCAGGAGGAGUCGUGCUACAUCUUCGUGGGCGUGACCCAGGAAGCAGAGCGGGAGGAGUAUUACGAUGAGACCAGGCGGCUCUGCGACCUGCGCCUCUUCCACCCCAUCCUCAAGGUCAUCGAACCCCUUGGCAACCGAGAAGAGAAGAUACUCAACAGGGAGAUAGGCUUUGCCAUCGGCAUGCCGGUGUGUGAGUUUGAGGUGAAGGACCCGGAGGUUCAGGAGUUCCGGCGCAGCAUCCUGGGGGUGUGCAGGGAGGCCAUGGAGGAGCGUGAGGCUGGGGGGGCUCUGAGCCAGGCGCUGUACGUGUACCCCCCCAACAUCGAGUCCUCCCCUGAUCUGCCCCCACAUGUCUACUGCAAGCUGGACAAGGGCCGGCUCAUCGUCACCAUCUGGGUCAUCAUCUCCCCCUCCAACUCCAAACAGAAGUACACUCUCAAGGUGAGUCAUGACAGCCUACCAGAGCAGUUGAUAGCAGAGUCGAUCCGUAAGAAGACCCGCUCCAUGCACCUGUCAGCUCAGCAGCUGAGGCUGUGUCUGAAGGAGUACCAGGGCCAGUACAUCCUCAAGGUGUGCGGCUGUGAUGAGUACCUGCUGGAGAAGCACCCCCUCAGCCAGUACAAGUACAUCCGCAGCUGCAUCAGUGUGGGCCGGCUGCCUCACCUAAUGCUGGUGUCCAAGGACAGCCUGUACAGCCAGCUGCCCUCCAGCGGCUUCCUGGCCCCCUCCUACAGCCGCCGCACCCCCCAGCCCAGCCCCUGCCCCGGGGGCAGCGACCCCGCCGCUCCCCGCUCCCUCUGGGCCUUCAACAGCCUGCUGCGCCUGCGCCUGCUCUGCGCCACCUACGUCAACGUCAACAUCAGGGACAUCGACAAGAUCUACGUGAGGACAGGUAUCUACCACGGAGGAGAGCCCCUGUGUGACAACGUCAACACCCAGAGAGUUCCCUGCUCCAACCCCAGGUGGAAUGAGUGGCUCUCCUACGACAUCUACAUGACAGACCUGCCUCGCUCUGCCAGGCUCUGCCUCUCCAUCUGCUCUGUGAAGGGCCGCAAGGGGGCCAAGGAGGAGCACUGUCCGCUGGCCUGGGGGAAUGUGAACCUGUUUGACUACCAGGACCUGCUGGUGGGGGGGAAGAUGACUCUGAGUCUGUGGCCUGUUCCUCAUGGCCUGGAAGACCUUCUGAACCCUAUAGGGGUGGCCGGGUCCAACCCCAACAAGGAGACCCCAUGUGUGGAGCUGGAGUUCUCCUGGUUCUCCCAGAGCGUAGUGUUCCCUGACGACCAGCAGGUGGAGGAGCAUGCCAACUGGACCAUGAGCAGGGAGCUGGGAUACAGCUACUGCGUGGGCCUGAGUGGCCGCCUGGCGUGUGACAGCAGUGUGUCAGCAGCAGACUCAGAGCAGCUGAGGGUUCUGAGCAGCAGAGAUCCUCUGUAUGAGCUGUCUGAACAGGAGAAGGACUUCCUCUGGAGACACAGACACUACUGUAUCAACAUCCCAGAGUCUCUCCCCAAGCUGCUGCUGUCUGUCAAGUGGAACUCCAGAGAUGAAGUUUCUCAGAUGUACUGUCUGCUGCGUGACUGGCCGCUGAUGCAGCCGGAGGGAGCGCUGGAGCUGCUAGACUGUAACUUCCCUGACCCAGUGGUGCGGGAGUACGCCCUGCGCUGCCUGGCCCGGGGCCUCAGCGACGACCGGCUCAGCAUGUACCUGCUGCAGCUGGUCCAGGUGUUAAAGUAUGAGAUGUACCUGGACAACCCUCUAGCACGCUUCCUCAUCAGGAAGGCUCUGACCAAUCAGAGGAUAGGACACUUCUUCUUCUGGCAUCUCAAGUCAGAGAUGCAUAACAAGACAGUCUCCAGGAGGUUUGGUCUGCUACUGGAGGCCUUCUGCAGAGCCUGCGGGAUGUACCUGAAACACCUCAACAGACAGGUGGAGGCCAUGGACAAGCUGGUCAACCUGACCGACACACUGAAGCAGGAGAAGAAGGAUGAGACACAAAAGACCCAGAUGAAGUUCCUGGUGGAGCACAUGUCUCGUCCAGACUACCUGGAAGCUCUGCAGGGCUUCAUCUCCCCUCUCAACCCUGUUCACCAGCUGGGCUCCCUCAGGAUGGAGGAGUGUAGGAUCAUGUCCUCAGCGAAGCGUCCCCUCUGGCUGAGCUGGGAGAAUCCUGACAUCAUGUCUGAACUGCUCUUCACCAACAACCAGGUCAUCUUCAAGAACGGAGAUGACCUAAGGCAGGACAUGCUGACUCUACAGAUCAUUAAGAUCAUGGAGAACAUCUGGCAGAACCAGGGCCUGGACCUGCGCAUGCUACCCUACGGGUGUCUGUCUAUAGGAGACUGCGUGGGGCUGAUAGAGGUGGUGAGGAACAGCUUCACCAUCAUGCAGAUCCAGUGCAAGGCAGGGCUGAAGGGGGCGCUGCAGUUUAACAGCAACACUCUGCACCACUGGAUCAAGGAGAAGAACAGGGGGGAGGCGUAUGACAGAGCGAUAGAUCUGUUCACCAGGUCGUGUGCAGGCUACUGUGUGGCCACCUUCAUCCUGGGCAUCGGAGACAGACACAACAGCAACAUCAUGGUGAAGGACAACGGACAGUUGUUCCACAUAGACUUUGGCCACUUCCUGGACCACAAGAAGAAGAAGUUUGGCUACAAGCGAGAGCGCGUUCCCUUCGUCCUCACACAGGACUUCCUGAUCGUGAUCAGCAAGGGGGGGCAGGAGAGCACCAAGACCAAGGAGUUUGAGAGGUUUCAGGAGAUGUGCUACAAGGCCUACCUGGCCAUCCGUCAGCACGCCAGCCUCUUCAUCAACCUGUUCUCCCUGCUGCUGGGCUGUGGCAUGCCUGAGCUGCAGAGCUUCGAUGACCUGGCCUACCUCCGUAAGACCCUGGCCCUGGACAAGAGCCAACAGGAGGCGUUGGAGUACUUCACCAAGCAGAUGAACGAUGCUCACCACGGGGGCUGGACCACCAAGAUGGACUGGAUCUUCCACACCAUCAGACACAUGCCCAAUGAACACUGACACACACUAUACACACACACUAAACCCUGUACACACACUAUACACACACACUAAACCCUGUACAC